AGUUGUACAGUGGCCGGCGUGCUGAACACUCGGAAAAUUCAAAAAAGACUUUCUUCCUCUUCCAUUUAAUCCUAAUAAUUAUCGUAUAACUUCUCCACACAUCAUAUAGUCUGUUUGUGUGUGAUUAACACCUCAUCUUUUUUCUUUUCUUUAAAAACCCACUGUGUACCUCUUCUUCUUCUUCCCCACCGGUAGUGGGAUUUUCUUCAUUUAUUGUGAAAUAUUUUCUAGCUAAAAAGAACUUUUGCAACAUAUAAUUUCUUGUGUCGUUUUCUUUCAUUCCUUCGAAUUGUUCUUGUGUGAUUUUUUUGUGCCAUCCGGGUAGACAAAUUAAAUUCUCCAGACCACCGGAAAUGUGUCUUUUAAAGAGCGCAUUGUGAAUUAAAUUGUGUGACAUUCACCGAACUUUUACACCCAGAGAGACUUUCAAUGGCAGUGAAAAUUGUGUUAUUUAUCUAAAUUAAAUUCAAUCGCAAUCGAGCGCUGAUAUUAUUUUUUUCUCUAUGAGAAUUUUUUUUCUUCUUUUUGCGAUAAAUGAAUAAAAAUUUUCUUCAUCAGUACUUUUCUGUGGGCCAUCUUUUGAGCAACUAAUCACACACAUAGUUUAUUUGUACCGCACAACAAAAAAAAUGUUCCAAUACAAGUACCUCAGUGAUGCCCAUCUCAAAGGUUUUGAGCGAUACAAGUACAGCAGCGUGGACACGAGUUUGUUGUCUGUUUAUGUGAUGCAUCCCUUCUGGAAUUGGUGCGUCAAAUUCUUCCCACGCUGGUUAGCACCAAAUUUAAUCACCUUCACCGGCUUCCUUCUCACUGUUGCCACAUUCAUCCUUAUAGGAUAUUAUGAUUACAGUUUUACAGCUGCAGAUGAAGAUGAAAAUCCAAUUCCACGAUGGGUCUGGUUGGUGGCAGCUAUUGGAAUCUUCCUGGCAUACAAUCUCGAUGGGAUUGAUGGGAAACAAGCACGAAGGACUGGUACGAGUGGUCCACUGGGAGAACUCUUCGAUCACGGACUCGACUCAUAUUCAGCCGUUCUCAUACCCGUCUACGUGUUCACCUUGUUCGGUGUGACUGACCUCCCGCCCAUGAGGAUGUUCUAUGUGAUCUCCUAUGUGAUCUUCCUCAAUUUCUACCUCACGCACUUUGAAAAGUACAACACGGGUAUUAUGUUCCUACCAUGGGGCUAUGAUUUCACAAUGUGGGGUGUAACAAUUGUACUCACAUUAACAUGCUGUAUUGGACCAUGGAUUUGGCGAGAGCCAAUUCUCAACAUGUACAGCCCAGCUGAUGCAUUUUUUGCCCUCCUCGUGAUAUCCGCCAUAGUCACAAAUUAUCCCAUCAUCAUACGCAACAUCUACAGAUCCUACAAAGAUCGUACGGGAAAAAUGCGACCAUUCCUCGAAGCCAUUCGUCCAUUGAUGCCCCUUACAGGACUCUUUGCUAUCUCUCACUUUUGGAUGGUAUUUUCAAUUAAUAAUAUUAUCACACUGGAUCCACGGAUGCUCUUUGUUUGCUUCGGUACGAUUUUCUCAAACAUUUCUUGCCGCCUGAUUGUUGCCCAAAUGUCCGACACGCGAACAGAUUGCUGGAAUAGUUUGCUGUGGCUACUCUUGCUAGUCACCGGUGUAUCCACAUUUCCCUUCUACAGCAACUUCCAUGUGGACUUUUCUGCAAAUAUCGAAUUGGCCAUCGUGUACAUAAUCACGGGGAUUUCAACAGUCGCCCACAUUCACUACGGAACGUGUGUGGUGCGAGAAAUGUGCCAUCACUUCAAUAUCAAAUGCUUCCAAAUUUCAAGACAUUCGAAAGCCAACAUGCUGCUCUUUACGUAGAAAAUUCUGCAAGAAAAAAAAAAUCAAUUGUACAUAGUGCAAAACAUUAAAGCUCACAUAAUUAAAUUAAUUCUUCAAAUAAUUUUCAAGUCUUUCAGAAUGUUGAAUUAGUUUUUUUUUAUGUUUUGUGUUUUGUCUUUAUACUUACCAUUUUCAUUUUAUGUGCUUCCAGAGCUUUAUUAAUAUGUAGAAACAAUGUAUUUUAAACAAAACUAUUAACACACGAAUACACACAAGAGAUGUUGUUCUAAGCCUAAUUUUCUCAUAUCUUAUUAAAUAAUGAAACCCUUGCAAAAAAAAAACUUUUGGUUAUGUUUCCUUAAUCACUCCAUGGAGGAAUUGUUGGAUCCGUGGGCAGGGUACGUAGCCAAUAUACAUAAUCAGUCUCAAUAAAUCCUAAUUUCUCAAACAUUCUCCUCGAUGGAGCAUUGUCACAAUUCACAAAGGCAAAAGUAUCCAUUCUCAGAUCACACAGCUUCCUAAUCAUAGCUUUAGUAAUGAGUGUACCCAAACCACGUCGUUGGUACUCCUUAUCCACUUGAAGAGCACCCAGAGCACCAGCUUGGAGUCGAAAGCACCAAGCUACGAGUCUUCCAUCCUUUGUGUAGGCUCCAACAUUUGGAUUCCACGCAAUGAGUCUUUUCAGGAAGAAUAGUGAUCCAACAUGACGAUUUGGCCAUACACUAUCAGCAAGAACAGCAUCCUCCUUCACCAUGGGGCGAAGUUCAAAUUCACUUGGGCAACUACAGAGCAGAACGAAGGGCACAUAAAUAAACGCGUUGGAGAGAAUUUUGCGAAAGAGGAUACACAAAAAAAAUCUACUAACUCCACUAACACGGUCUCCCCUAAAUGACGUGGUAGGUAGUAAAGAACCGUCUUACUAUCGUAUUCCUUUUCCAAUCUUCUAGAUUCCACCAAAUGAAGAAUCGCCGGACGAUGUUUAGACACAAAGGAGCUUAUUUUGUAGCCCAUACGCCAAUCCAGCAGUUCAAGAGCUCUCUUCAGCUGGGAAUUCGUUUCAUCGAGACUGCAGACAAACAACUGAUACCGAUCCUAUACAUUGUACAGGGAAAUUAACAUAUGAUAUUACCAUAGAGAAUACAAAAUACUCAUUGAGAGCAUCUAAGAAAUAAUUUGCCUUAAAAUUAGGACAAGUACUUUGAGGUUUGAUUUAAUUGAAAAGACUAGCUUUUAUUUAGAAUCUGAUGGCCCAAAAAAUUACCGUCAAUCGAGGUUAGUUGAAGUACACAAAUUAUUUUAAGUUGAGAAUUAAAUAAAAAUUAAAAGACUAGAAUACUGUUAAAAGCUUUAGAACAUUUGAAAAGCCUUCUUAAUAGAAAGCUUUUUGUUCCACAUUUAGUUAGCAAUAAUCUUGAUUAUUUUAAUUAACCAGAAUAACAAUAAAAAUGUAAUGAAAUAAAAUUAAAUUUUAAGUCCAAUUGCUCA